AUGAUCCCUUGCGCGACUGACCUCCAACUUGCGGGGGUCAAGUUCAAGAAGAUUAAGAAAUCGAAUAACAUCUUGAACGUGAAAUUUCGCCACGGGGUGUUGGAAAUCACGCCCUUCAAGAUACAUUACUACAGCGAAGCUCUCUUUCGGAACCUCGUAGCAUUCGAACAAUGCUACCCAGGAGCAGAUACCUACUUCACGACUUACCUUAUGUUCAUGGAUUUCCUUCUCAAGACGUCCAAGGAUGUGGCGCUGCUCCAUCACAAUGGGAUCAUAGAUAAUUAUUAUCACGGAAGCGAUGAUGAUGUGGCCAAUCUAUUCAACCGGCUCUGCACUGGGGCAUUCCAUACUUUCGAGGGAAGCUAUCUUUCGGAUCUACAUGACAAUGUGCAAAAACAUUGCGAGAACAAAUGGAACAUGUGGCGGGCGAGCUUGAAGCGCGAUUAUUUCACCAAUCCAUGGUCUGUUAUUUCUUUUAUCGCAGCUUUGUUCCUCCUCCUGCUCACCUUCACCCAAACGUUCUUCACCGUCUUUCCUUAUUACGGACCACGGUCCUAG